UCUUGUUACAUCGGCCUGUAGCUUCUCAGCUGGGACUGGCUGUUGCACGGAUGCGACGUCACAGGAAAGCACAACCAGCCCGAGAUGCAUACACGCUCUCCGUGACCCCGCCAAGGCUCACACCUAUCAGCCCAGCAGUUCAAAAAGUCUCAGUUCUAAAGCUUCCGCUUCUGGCUCCACCCCUACCGUUUCGCGUUGAAGAAUUUUGUCCCCCACGCCGAGCUGUUGCCCCGCCCUCUCCGCUGCCAUGGCGGCAGCUCCGCCGCUCUCCAAGGCUGAGUAUCUGAAGCGUUACUUGUCUGGGACUGAUGCUGCCCUGGAAGGAGGUUCAGAGUCCGGUCGCAAGCGGCGCAAAAAAAGGCCGAAGCCGGGAGGCGCUGGCGGCAAGGGAAUGCGCAUCGUUGACGAUGAUGUGGGCUGGGCGGCCAUCUCUACCGCUAAGCUGGAAAGGGAGGAGGAGGAAGAUGGAGAUUUGCCUGUGGUGGCAGAGUUCGUGGAUGAGCGUCCGGAAGAGGUGAAACAGAUGGAGGCCUUCCGCUCCAGUGCCAAGUGGAAGCUCCUGGGAGGCCGCAGUGAAGAUGGACAUUUUCAACAUGAUGACCAAGAUCCAUCUCCUCCCAGGAGGGUCCGUCAUGAUACCCCAGACCCAUCUCCUCCCAGGAAGGCCCGUCAUGACACCCCAGACCCAUCUCCCUCCAGGAGAGUUCAUCAUGACACACCAGACCCAUCUCCUCCCAGGAAGGCCCGUCAUGACACCCCAGACCCAUCUCCCUCCAGGAGGGUUCGUCAUGACACCCCGGAUCUUUCUCCCCCAAGGAGGGUUCGUCAUGACACCCCGGAUCUUUCUCCGCCAAGGAGGGUUCGUCAUGAUACCCCGGAUCUAUCUCCCCCAAGGAAAGUCCUCCAUGACUUAGAUGCUUCUUCCCCCAGGAAACCUCAUCGUAAUUCUUCAGCUGUAUCUCCUAGGAGAGGCCAUCAUGGUUCCUCAGGUACCUCUUCCCCAAGACAGUCCCGUAACCACUCCCCAGCUGCAGCUCAGCACAGAAGGACUCUUGACUCUUCAGGUGCACAGCAUCUCAGGAGGGCCCAUCAUGAUUCCCCUGAUAUGGAACUACCCAAAGCCAAAAGCAGCAAAGCUGCAGAGAGAGCCCCUGGCAGGACUGUCCCACAGAGUGGGCUCGGGCCCGCUCACCCGCCACUCUCCACGGACAGCAAGCACCAGCAUGACUCUGACCUUUCUCCUCCUCGCAAACGGCAAGCGAAGGGCCAUUCUGGAGCUAAGAAGCAGCUUGAUUCUAAAGGGCACCAGAAUUCUGAUUCAGAUCUGUCACCACCACGGAAUAGACUAAGACGCCAGAGCUCUGACUCUGACCUCUCUCCACCCCGGAGAAGACAGAGGACCAAAUCUUCUGAUUCUGACCUCUCCCCACCUCGAAGGAGUCCCCGUCCUGGGAAGAAGACUGCACACAUGUAUUCUGGAGCGAAAACUGGGUUGGUCACUGAUGUUCAGCGGGAGCACCAGGAAUUCAAGAAACAGGACCAAGACACGGACCUUGGAGCUCAGUUUGAAUUCACUGAAACUGUAUUUCGAGACAAGUCUGGUCGGAAGAGGAAUUUGAAGCUGGAACGCUUGGAACAGAGGAGAAAAGCAGAGAAAGACUCAGAGCGAGAUGAGCUAUAUGCCCAGUGGGGGAAAGGGCUUGCCCAGAGCCGGCAGCAGCAACAGAAUGUGGAAGAUGCAAUGAAGGAGAUGCAGAAGCCUCUGGCCCGUUAUAUAGACGAUGAAGAUCUAGAUCGGAUGCUGAGAGAACAAGAAAGAGAAGGAGACCCGAUGGCCAACUUUAUUAAGAAGAAUAAAGCUAAGGAGAACAAGAAUAAGAAAGUGAGGCCUCGCUACAGUGGUCCCGCUCCUCCUCCCAAUAGAUUCAACAUUUGGCCUGGGUAUCGCUGGGAUGGAGUGGACAGAUCCAAUGGCUUUGAACAGAAGCGCUUUGCCAGGCUCGCCAGCAAGAAAGCUGUGGAGGAGCUUGCCUACAAGUGGAGUGUUGAGGACAUGUGACCUCCCUGAGGCCCUGUGAUGCUAUGGUAGUGGUAGUACCACCUCACAUCCAGCUCUAAUGGAGUCCUGCUAAGAGACACAGACCAGCGUGUUGUCAGUCUGACCUUUGGACUAGGCCCCUGAUCUUGGCUGUGCCCUCGCAGUCUGUGGCUGGCUUUGUCAAGACACGAGGACUUCUAUAUCCCAGGAUUUAUUCUUGGCCAGUGCUUCCCUUUUUCUUAAAAAUAAACAGAUAUUUAUUUUUCUGUAA